ACGAAACAUACUUUAUAACACGCAACGAACCAACCGAAAGCCGUUCGGCCAUUUUUAAAUUUACUUUGGUUUUGUUUAAGUGUUUGGUUUUAGGAAGGAUACGGCGGCGCGUCGCGUUAUAAUGAUGUUGUUGUACCCAGGUAGCAUCUGACGCGUAAGGUUUAUAAUUAAAGUUUUACGUGACGCGACGCGUUUGUGUACGCGUCAAUAAACUCGCGAUUCUGUUUAUUGUUUACUCGAUGAAUGCUGUCUUCUUCCAGCAACACUCAUUAACAAGACAUAGUAGGCCCUUUCUUUGGAAAGGAAACUUCUCAAAUACUUUGAGAGGUUGGUCUAUUUAUUUGGGAGAAUUAAACCUCGAUAAUACUCAAUUACUAUAACCAUUUACGUCUCGCCUCAUUUUGUACUUACAAUAUAUAUUAUAUAUAAGCGCCUAGUUAUUUAAUAAACAAAGAUACGAGAUAUAUUGACAAUGGAUUCUGUUUCUAUGCCACCUAGUACGCCGACGCGUUCAUCCUCUUCUUCCCUGGAUGACGAUACUCGAAAAAGGCGAUUGUUUUCUGGGAAUGAAAACACCUUCAGUGAUUCAAUGUCAAAUGAGUUCUGCUCUCCUCAAUCACAAGCUUACAAUGCCUUCACAUACGAAGAUAGCCCACAUACGCCAUUGAUGAAUCCUAAGAAAAAUGUGCGCUUAUCUACUACUUUACGACACGGACUCUUUUCCCGAAUGGAUGUCAGCGAAAGAAAACCACCAGGACUUCUCCCUAGUCUUUUGGACUGUAAAAGAAAAGACGUUGAUCAACAUCAAGAAAAUAUAACCCCUUUAGAUAAAAACCACACUAAUUUUUCGGGCGCAUUUAGUACAGGGCUCUUGUCAAAACGCGAAAAGCAAAUGUUAUGGGAGGUUAAUUCAACUAAUCCAAAAAGCGAACAGCCGCAUACUCCCUGUAAACGCAUUACUAACAUGAGUAAUAACUAUCCUGAAUCUCCAACAUCUCCCUCGUCUCUACUGCUCCGAAGGAAAUGCCCUGGACCCGAUUUUUUGCAAUGCCUGAAGACCGAAAAGUCGACAUCUGAUGAUUUGGAAGACAGCAUGGAUAUGCUGCCCUUGUCAACAUUUUCUUGUGGUUCCGAAGAUUACAUGGGGGCAUAUAAUACGCCAAGCAAGUCUCAAUCGAUUUUCUUACAUACUCCCCCAAUGACAAGUUGGAAAGAUGAGGACGAGGAUGAAGAUGAAUCAUCAUCUCUGAGUUGGACGCCCACAAGUCCAAACUUCUUUAGCACAAUGAGCCAUGAUGAGUUUAAUGAUGUCGACCGCUGUACUGAAAUGCUAUAUAGCAGAUUUUGCCAAGUGAAAUUACUGCGCGAAAGCGAUUUCUCUUAUGUUUAUAAGGUUUCAAAAAUGGCUGAAGAUCCUUCUAUUGUAAAAAUUGUGAAGAGAAAGGGUAAUAGCACGAAGGAAACUAUGCGACAAAUUCAGGAAGCCAAUAUUCUGAAUCAAGUACGUGACUCUUCGCGCAUUGUGAACAUGGUUGACUUUUGGGAACAUAAGGAUCAACUUUUUCUUCAACUAGAAUAUUGUGAAAAUGGUGAUUUAGGUACCUUUUUAACGGAAUUGGGUUUAAUGCAAGUACUCGAUUCUUUCCGCGUUUGGAAAAUUCUAUUACAAUUGGGCCAGGGAUUAUUCUAUCUGCAUAGGCUCGGAGUAGUGCAUUUGGACAUAAAGCCUUCGAAUGUAUUAAUCACCCGCGAAGGAAAUUUAAAAAUUUCCGAUUUCGGUUUAUCUUCAACUUUGCCAGUACCUUCAAUAUCAGAUUUAGAAGGUGACAGGAUGUACAUAGCUCCUGAAGUAUUAAUGAUGCAUGCUUAUGAUAAACCGGCUGAUAUUUUUUCCUUGGGUCUCAGUAUGAUUGAAGCAGCGACCAACGUGGUUCUUCCAGACAACGGUCUCGAAUGGCAGCGAUUGCGCUCUGCCGAUUUUUCUGACUUACCAAAGUUAACACAAUUUCUGACACCUCAGGAGCAGAUGUUACGCUCGAAGAUAGCUUCUGCUGAGUCGUUAGAGAAAAUGCUUUACAGAAUGAUAACACCUAAUCCAGAAGAUCGAAUCACUGCAGAACAGCUGUUGAGCACAGAUGAAAUUGGGUAUGUUCAUGAACAAUUAAAGUUACCCGCAAUCAUCUUUGAAGAUCAUCCUUCCUGGCUCGAAACCACGUUUUAAGAUUUGCCAGUGCUGGAGAAAGCCACAGAUUGUCUGUUAGCUUUUUUAUGGCCAACUUGUCCUUAAAAGGAUCUCCAAAAUUUGUCAUCUGGUUCGUUUUUGAUGUUUUAUAAUAAUCUUUUCUUGACACGACACUCUUCCUUUCUGGCGACUUCUGUUCUGUUUCCACUAACCAAAACACUUUUUUCUUUACGUCUACAAAGGCGAUACACGAACUAGUAUCUCAUCUACUUGUUAAGUAUAUUUUACUCACUCAUUAACCUUUAUAUUCACGUCCGGUUCUCAUUUAUCUUAUUUAUUCUGUUGGAUUCUAUUAUACCCGCGACAACAUAACUCCAUCUUUACGUUAAGAUCGGUGAAAUUCCCUUUUUUCUUUACCGGUUUCUAAUUUUUCCCGAUACCUUUUUUUAAUACGGUUAUUAUUAUACUACCCUCAUAGACUCGUUUUUCAGCAUUAAUAUAUACAACGUCAACCUAAUAAACAAACAUUACGCAAAUAAAAGCAUUUUUUUAUUGUUGUAAAAGUUCAUUAUUCCUCAGUAGCGUAAGAUACUGCACUGCGCUGUUUUUCC